GCUGCUGGGUGAAGGGGGGAGGAGGUACAGCCGGUGGGAGGACCAUCCAAGCCCGGACUUGUGGCGGCUGCAGCGCGCAGCUCCGACUGCUGAAAGAAGUGUGCUGCAGUGGCGCUUCUGUGCAAGAAAACUCAAGAGGUCUUCGGGGUCCAUCUUGCUCGUGCAAAAAAAAGGGGCUGGGAUGAGCGAGUUGACUGACGAGCUGAGGGCUCUUUGACCUCCUGACUGACAAAGGACGGCCAAGCAAGUUGCUUCCAUGCUGUCCGCCAAGGAGGGACCCAGAUUCAACAUGGAGGAGGGAUACGAGCUGGACCUGACUUAUAUUACAGAGCGCAUCAUUGCCGUGUCCUUCCCCCGGGGAUGCCUGGAAGAGAUCUACGCUCACAACCUGAAGGAUGUUACUCGAAUGCUCAAGUCCAAGCAUGCAGACAAUUACCUGAUUAUCAACCUGUCAGAGAAAAGACACGACCUGUCAAAAAUGAAUCCGAAGACUUUGGAUACAGGCUGGCCCGAUCUGCACGCCCCACCUCUGGAUAAGAUCUGCACCAUUUGCAAAGCCAUGGAGAGCUGGCUCAACGCUGACCCGCUUCACGUGGUCGUUAUACACUGCAGGGGCGGCAAGGGUCGAAUCGGCGUUGUCAUUUCAUCCUUUGUCCAUUUCACCUACGUAUCCGCCAGUGCUGAUCAGGCAUUGGACCGCUUCGCUAUGAGGAAAUACUACGACGAUAAGGUGUCUGCUCUGAUGACACCUUCACAGAAACGGUAUGUUUGGAUCCUCAACAGCCUUCUAAGUGGAUCCAUGAAGAUCAACGCCUCGCCUUUGUUCCUGCACUGCAUCAUUCUCCACGGAAUCCCCAACUUUGACUCGUCUGGAGCAUGCCGACCAUACGUCAAGGUCUACCAGGCAAUGCACAUGGUGUAUUCAUCCGGAAUUUAUCACAUCGGUCCAGGCCACAGGGGACGGAUCUGUGUCACCCUGGAGCCGGCCCAGCUUCUCAAAGGGGACAUUAUGAUUAAAUGUUACCACAAGAGUGAGGUUUCUUCCGAGCGUGAGGUUAUUUUCCAGCUGCAGUUCCACACAGGAGCAGUGCGAGGCUACAACUUGAUGUUCGAUAAAGAGGACAUGGAGGCCGCCAACAAAGAUCACAGAUUUCCAGAUUAUGGCAAAGUAGAGCUGGUUUUCUCCGAGGGACCAGAGAAAAUUCCAGGUGCUGACAGAUGGCAGAAUGGCGUGGAUGUUACUGUGGACUACAACACCGCUGACCCGCUCACCCGCUGGGACUCUUACCAGAACAUGUGUGAUGUUGAAGCACCUCGCUCUCAAAACCUAAGUCAGGAUAAACCGUCUACCAAGAGUAACCCCAACAGAAUAGAGGCAACGCUGGGUCGAGGGGCCUGCACUACCUCAGCUACAUCCAGUCCUGACCACAGCGACCACGCCCUUUCGGUCAGCAGCGAUUCUGGCCUGUCAAGCACCUCCCUUUUGGUGGACAGACCCACACCUUCGUCCAUUACUGUCACCUCUGCAACCAUCCGCUCCAACAAGGGUCCCAGCCAGCAGGAGAAAGUCCAGCUCAAACGGCUGUUAAGCGGAAUUGGAGUUGAAGACCCCUCGCUGGAGGAGAUGGAGGAUCCAGUCCCACCAGUGGCCAUCCAUCAAAUAGUCCCAGCGCAAGUGCACAUUAACGGUGAUCCCCGUUCUCAAGAGAGGGAGACUGACAUCCUGGACGAUGAAGUCAUUACAGGGCAUGACCUGCAUAGUGUGGACAGCUUUGGAACAUUGUCAUCAUCCUGCCACAAGAGCAGCCAGAACUCCCUCCUCUCUGAUGGCUUUGGUAGUCCUGGAGGAGAGGAGCAGCAAAGCCAAAGCCAGACCCAUGUUCACCACCCUGUACCUUCUGCCAUAGAGGACUAUGAGAGACAUUAUGGUGAAGCCAGAAGGGUCCAUCCUGGCUCUAGGAGCAACCCGGUGAUCACUUCCAACCCAAGUAGCACUUCCGUGCCAAAGCAGCACGUCUACAGACAGGGAAGCUACUCCACACAUUCAUGGGUCCGCCAACAGCAGAUGGUUGCUGCGCAACAGCUCAUCUACAUGCCUGAGGAUGGAAAUGAGACGGAAAGGUACCCAGGUAACAAAAAAGGGAGUAGUUCACCUAAAGACGGCUUGUCCAUGGAGCGGCAGGACUCAACUUCUCUGAGAUGUACAACUCCUCAUAAAGAACAGGCAUCGAUCAACAAUAACAACAAUAACAAAAGGGAUGAGGAGUUCAAAUCUCUGACGAUUGACAUUGACAACUCCAUAGACCAACUCAAUCAGCUCAUCAUGGACCUGGAUCCCGCGUUCAUGCCUCGCUGCGGCCAAAGCGGGUCCAUGAAGAGGAACGGUGGCAACCACGUAAACGACUCAACUUCCAAAUGCUCAAACGGCAUCGAUGUCAGAUUCAGUGACAAAAACACACAACAGACAGCUGUCCAGUCCAUUGAAGGUCAUGGGGAGGUCACACGAUCUCUCAGCCGUCAAGGAAGUGAUGUCACGGAUCUCCCAAGCUUCUGUAGCUCAGGUUGGGUGGCACCAGAGUACAGUAGCCAGAGGGUGUACUCCCCCUGUGUGCCACAGUCUCAGCUUACAAUGUUGUGCAGGAACGACAGUAUUGACUACAAGGGACAGGGCCCAGACACGGACAGCGGGGUUGAAGCCGGGUGUGACGUCACUCCACCAACACCAGCCUUCCCUAUAUCUCCACCUACACCGUAUGUGAAAAAUAUGUCGGAAUUCACUCAUGCCUUCCAGCAAACACCAUGUCUUCGCAUGCAGUCUUUUGGAGCGGACAGAAGAGACCAUGAAUUGCGGGGAUAUCCAGAGAUGAUAAAUCACUCUGGAGUUAAUGUGUCAAAUUCCACUAUCAACUGCCACAGGACACUAAAUGCUGCACACUCUGCCUCCGUUGUUGUCUCCCAUCAGAGGACAGACAGUCCAUUAGUUAACCAGGCCUGUCAGGGUGACCAUCAGACCUCGCUGAGCAACGUCUCUUCCUCCAAACAAUCCCCGCAGCGCUCUGCAUCACUGGAAUAUGGCCACCAUCAUGUCCACCCGGCGCCUAAUGCCCAUAGUUCGCCUCGUAGCAGCCAGCAAAGCCGUAUGGAUCGCUAUGCCUUGAGCCGCAGUCCAGCCCAAAGUUUUGAAGAGCAAGAGGACACUGGUCGAGGUUAUGGUUCGGAUUGUCUGGCUGCCACCUUGUCUCUGCUGGGAAACGGUGGUAUGGAAAGGGAUAUACUCAACUCUUUGGAUGGGAAUCACUCGCAGCUCCUCCAGUCGCAAACCCCACAUCUGCCUGAAAAGAAGAGAGCUUCCGACGGGGAGCAUUCGCUGCGAACAGCCUCUCCGGCGCUGAGUGGGUUCUCAAGUCCGCACAGUGGGAGCUCGCUGAGUAUCCCCUUCCCUAACAUCUUGCCAGAUCUGUCUGCUCAUUUGCAAGGAACAGGCUCACUUCUGCCAGAUGUACUUACCAGCAAGCAGGUUACUGUUAAAUUUGUCCAGGACACAUCCAAAUUCUGGUACAAGCCUGACAUAUCAAGAGACCAAGCCAUUUCAGUCCUAAAGGACAAGGAGCCAGGCUGCUUCAUUGUGCGGGACAGCCAUUCCUUCAGGGGGGCCUACGGGCUAGCAAUGAAGGUGGCCACACCUCCACCUUCAGUUCUCCAGCAGACCAAGAAAGGCGGAGAUCUUUCUAAUGAGCUAGUACGCCACUUCCUGAUUGAGUGCACGCAGAAGGGGGUUCGCUUGAAGGGUUGCCCCAAUGAGCCCUAUUUUGGAAGUUUAACUGCGCUAGUUUGCCAACAUUCAAUUACUCCCUUGGCUCUACCUUGUAAACUCAUCAUUCCAGACAGAGACCCUCUAGAGGACGUUGUGGAGAACACGCCGCAAUCAGUCACCAACUCUGCUGCAGAGCUGCUCAAACAAGGAGCAGCUUGUAACGUGUGGUACCUGGGCUCGGUGGACAUGGAGUCCCUGACGGGGGUCCAGGCGGUGCAGAAGGCCACCGGUAUGACCUUGGGCUCCAACCCCCCUCCAACUUCCACGGUGGUCCAUUUCAAGGUGUCCUCACAGGGAAUCACCCUCACUGACAACCAGAGGAAACUUUUCUUCAGGAGGCAUUACAACGUCAACACUGUCAUAUUUUGCGCUUUGGACCCUCAAGAUAGAAAGUGGAAAAAAGAUGGCUGUCCAUCAGCAAAGAUUUUUGGGUUCGUGGCCAGGAAAAGCGGCACUUCCAUGGACAACGUGUGUCACCUAUUUGCAGAGCACGACCCCGAGCAGCCAGCCAGCGCCAUCGUCAAUUUUGUGUCCAAGGUGAUGAUUGGCUCCCAAAAGAGUAAGUAAGGGGCCCCUCCCUCACCUGGAGAGACAAAGAACUGGAAAUAGCAGGAAUAUUCUGCUGACAGUGAACUUGUAGGACUUCAUUUACACUGCAAAGGCAUUCACGUUGUUGAUUCAUCUGAACACUUCCCCUCUUGCUAAGUGUGUAUAAUUUGCUUCCAUGGGAUACUCGCCGUGCAUAUUUGAUCUAUGCAACAUAAAAUUCUAUUUUUUUAAGCCUAUACUUACACAUGUGUGAGCAUAUAAGUCUUCCUUUUAUUAAGUUGUAUGUGAAUGUGAUCACUUUUAAAGAAAGAGUGCGAGAGACAUAAAAAAAAAGGGCAAAAAAACCUGAAAAUAAAUAUUUUAAGUAAACCCCUUAAUAUAUACUAUUAUAUUUGUCUAUUUCUUCCCUGACAUGAGCUGGUUGCAAAAUAAAUUCAAAUACAUUUGUGUGAGCAACAUUAAAAAAACAUUAAAUCUUAUUUAAUAUUUAAUGGCAAAUUCUGAACUAGCCCUUUUAAAUCACUUCAUAACAAAUAAUUGUCAAUGUUUUCCCCUUUAGCUGUUUAGUCCUAUAUGGCGUCCUCUAGUUGAGGCGUGUCUCACACUUGCAAUUGCACAAAUAAAGAACCAUUCCUCCCAUAUUCGUUUGUAUAUUAUGCAUUAAAACUUGCUCUUGAAGCUAUAUUAUCCAUUUUUUGUGUGGAUGUUGUGUAACAUUUAUUUGCCAUGUUCUUUUACCACAAUGCUAACAAAAAUGGCCAUGUGUAUCUGUACCUCAUGUAUACUGGACCUGUGUUCACGCAUGUCAUCUUUUAUUAUUUGUAUAAUGAAUGUUUUUUUUUUUUUAAUGUGUUCUGUAAAUAAACAAUAAGAAACA